AUGUCGACUACAGAUACCUCAACUCCAAUCAUCAGUUUCAAUGAAUUCUCCGUCCCUGGUCAGAUGAAAAUCUUUCCUGAGUCGAGCUUUCUCAAACAGAGACGUGCGCCUAGGCUUCCUGCGCCAGCUAAGGUCAGAGCUUAUAAUGAGGAGUCGGAUAUUAUUCGUACUACCAGCUUCGAUCGCCCACUACCUAUCAUAUUCUUAUCGCUAGGAUUACUUAUUAAUUACGGUAAUAAUUUCACAAUUCUUAAAACUCUGACCCAGAAGAUAGUAUCCCUGUACAUAUCCCUGAUAGAGGGAGUAACUUUGCAAGAAAGAUGGUGCAACAAAAACGAGGACGAGAGGCGGGCUAUUUGUAAAGAACUUAAAAAAAUGGCAAAGGCGCUGCGAGCUUUAGAGCAGGAUAAGCACGAUCGAUUUUUUUGGAGACUAGGCAAGCAAUUACUGAACGACAUAUUCUUGGCAUACCGCCCAGAUCUCAGAGGGCCGUUCGUAGGCUUAAAUGCCGUUCAGCAGUUCCAAGAUGCUUGCGGAAUCGAGAUUGAUAGCGAAGUGCCAAUUGUGUUCACACACGAUGAUCUCGUCCUGCCCAACGUCAUCUUGUCGCUGGGGCGAAAUCCGAAAGUGGCAGCUAUCAUUGACUGGGGCUAG